AUGGUCGGUGCUGCUACCGCCUCCCGGUCCGUAGGGGCAACGCUCUCUUCGGUCCUCCCUCAGGAUGCCAGACCAUGGUACAAGCAGAGACAUUUGGUCAAACUGAAUCUCUCUAUUGCCAUGAUCUAUUUCUGCUCAACGACCAACGGGUACGACGGGUCCAUCAUGAACAAUUUCCUGAGUCUUCCCGAAUGGAAUGUCUUUAUGAAUCACCCCAAGGGUGCGUGGCUUGGAUUUUUCAAUGCCUUGUACUGGACUGUUGUUGGCGUCUGGUCUCCCUUCGUUGCGCACUUUGCCAACAAAUACGGACGAAAACGCGUCCUCUACUACGGUUACAUCCCCCUGGUCAUCGCCACGGCGCUGGAGGCUGCUGCACCGAACCCAGCCGUCUUCAUCGUAUCCCGCGGACUGCUGGGCUUGACAACCGCCACGGUUGGCAACACUGCACCACUGCUGAUGGCCGAAACCGCCUUUCCCACCCACCGAGGGGUGGCCACCGCACUCUACAACACGGGCUUCCAUGUAGGAGCAGCAGUCGCAGCAUGGGCCACGUUUGGAACGAGAUCCUACGGGUCCAAUUGGUCGUGGAGAGUUCCCGCCAUAUUGCAAAUCAUUUGCCCGCUCAUCGCCCUCGUGGGAGCCAUUACAAUUCCCGAAAGUCCUCGUUGGCUGGUGUCGGUCGGUCGCGAAGAAGAAGCACGCCGUAUCUUAAUAAACACACAUGCUGGAGGGGACGAGAACUCACCGUUGGUCGACUACGAAUUCCGUGAGAUUUCCUCCACCAUCAAACUGGAGCGUGAAGCGAACAAACGUGGAUACUCGGAGAUGUGGCGCACGCCCGGCAACAGACAUCGAUUGUUCAUCACCGUCACCAUCGGCCUCUUCGCUGAAUGGGUUGGCAACAAUGUCGUCUCCUACUACGUCUCGGUUGUGCUGACCGACGUCGGCGUCACCAGCGUGACUCACCAGAUUGCCAUCACGGGAGGUCUCCAAGUGUGGAACGCCAUCAUUGCCAUCACCGCUGCCUCCAACGUGGACCGCCUGGGUCGUCGGGGCCUUUUCCUCUCCAGUGCGGCGGUCAUGUUGGUCAGCUUCAUCAUCAUCACCGCCUGUGCUGCCACGUUCAAGAUCUCGGGCAACACCACGGCCGGUUUGGUGGUGGUGCCGUUCUUGUUCAUCUUCUACGGAGGAUACGAUCUGGGUCUGAACCCGAUGCUGUACGCUUAUCCGGUGGAGAUCUGGCCGUACCAUCUGCGAAGCCGUGGACUCAGUCUUGCCUGGAUCUUCCUCGUUGUCAGCACCGUGUUCAAUGUAUUUGUGAACCCGAUUGCCAUGGAAGACAUUGGUUGGAAGUACUACAUUGUCUUUGAUGUCAUGAUCCUCCUAUUCGGGCUGACCGCAUACUUCUUCUACCCUGAGACCGGUGGCCGGACGCUGGAACAAGUGGCCGAGAUCUUCGAUGGCGUGCCGACGCAGGGUAUUGAGGCACAAGAAAAAGAGGGCGAUGAUUUCGGAAGCGAUGCAGGUGCUUCCAAGCAGCCGACGACGGAGAUGGCAGCGGUUUCGUAA